CCGCCUUCCGGCCGCUUUGGACUCUGAACUCACCCUCGCUCUUACUGGGCCAUGGCUCCGCUGCGCUUCUCGGCCAAUGUGUCGUGGCUGUUCCCCGAACUCCCCGGCCUCCCCGCGCGGCUCCGGGCUGCGGGCAAGUCGGGCUUCAAGGCCGCCGAAAUCGGCUGGCCUUACGCUGAGACGCCCGAGGCGCUAGCGCGCGCGGCGCGAGAAGCAGGGCUACAGCUGGUGCUGAUCAAUACGCCCCCCGGAGACCGAGAGAAGGGGGAAAAUGGGCUGGGGGCCGUUCCCGGGAAGCAGGCGGCCUUCCGAGAGGGGCUGGAGCAGGCUGUGCUGUACGCCAAGGCUCUGGACUGUCCCAGGAUUCACCUGAUGGCCGGCCGAGUACCCCAGGGUGCUGAUCGAGCAGCAGUCAGGGGUGAAAUGGAGACAGUUUUUCUGGAUAACCUGAGACAUGCAGCUGAGGUUUUGGCUCGGGAGAACCUCGUGGGACUGCUGGAGCCCAUCAACACCCGCAUCACUGACCCCCAGUACUUCCUGGAUACGCCCCGGCAGGCGGCGGCCAUCUUACAGAAGGUUGGAAGACCCAACCUCCAGUUACAAAUGGACAUAUACCACUGGCAGAUCAUGGAUGGGAACCUGACAGGAAACAUCCGGGAGUUCCUGCCCCUCGUUGGAGCCUGGGCCCCACAUCUGCCCAUAUCUGUCCCCAGGGCAUGUGCAGGUGGCACAGGUGCCAGGCCGGGGGGAUCCUGGCAGCCCUGGGGAGCUCAACUUCCCCUAUCUAUUCCAACUGCUGGAAGAUGAAGGCUACAAAGGCUUCGUAGGCUGCGAGUACCAGCCUCAAGGAGACACAGUGGAGAGCUUGAGUUGGCUACGCUCCUACUGGGAUAGGCGGGGCCACCCACAGGCUGGCCAGUGAGGUCCUGCCCUCCGUCCACGUGCUUUUUGGGGAGUGAGUUGAGCAUCCCGAGUCUCUGAAUUAAAGACAACCUCUU